GGGUCAUAUGGUCUCCUCAUCCUCAACCUCUCCCCGUUUAUCUAUAUAUUCCCUCUCUUCCUCCUGAAUCAUCAGAUGAAUAAUCUUCUUCUUCUUCUUCUUCUUCCUCCUCCCCUCUUCUUCUUUUACCUGAAUUGCAGCAAAACCCAUAAUGGAGAAACUCAUAAACUACUCAAUUUUUAAUUUCUGCUUCUUUUUCUUCAGGAUUUGAAUCCUUUUCAACGAUGCUUACAUUUUGUAUUGUUAUGUGUAAACAAAAAGUUAAAUAAAAAGAAGAAAAUCUCUAUUUCUUUUCUCUCUUCUUGUCCUGUUCUUACUGCACGUCUGCUUUCCUUUCUAAAUUACCCUUUUGGGACAUUGAAGCGUGAAUUCCGGGGGAAUGGAUUUGAGAAAUUCUUCUCUGAAUCUCUUGUGAUCUUUGAUUCUCUCUUCUUUUCACUAAUGGAAGUCACUGAAAUUUUAGUUUUAGUAAUACCCUUUUUCCCCUUCACCAAAUCACAGUCCAUGGCGGUUUCCGAUCAUCUUCACCCGUUGUUGUCUUUUCCCGGGAAUUAGAUCUAGAAGUAAAAUUAGCAAGUGAGAAAUGAUGGCCGGUGUUGGUGGUGGAAGUGGUGGAUGUUUACCUUCUCCGACGAGUAAUAGCAGGAAAUUGAGUUCGUCUUUCUUUGGUUCUCCGAGAUUGUUUACAAGUUCUUCUUCAAAGGGAUUGUCUGAAACUGAGGCUGUAAUGAGUCCAACUUCAAUUCUCGAACCGUUUUUGGGUCUGAGAAAUUCGUUUUGGGGAGAAUCAAAUUCACCCAGAACGCAAUUAACAGAGUCCAAACGACCGUGGGAUUCCAAAGGAAUCGGCCUUGCCAUUGUCGACGGUUUAACGGAAGAGAAUUCUGAUCCCAAACCCUCGAAACCCGAUACUCGAAUGGUUGUAUUGGGAUCUCAAUUAAAGAUACAAAUUCCUCCUCUUCCGCCGUUCGUUUCUCCGACCGACGACUCUCCAGUUUCGCCAAUCGAAUUCGGGAUCAAGACGAGGAAUUCCCAUCUGGGUUCCUUAUCCCCCGUUUCAUCUCUGUCUCCGGCGAAGAAAUCUGCGUUUGGAUCCUCAAGCUCCGGCCAGGAAACUCCGAAUUCUCCCCUAGUUUUCACCGGCUGUCUCUCGGCCGGCGAAAUCGAACAAUCAGAAGAUUACACUUGUGUGAUCUCUCACGGCCCAAAUCCCAAAACCACACACAUAUUCGGCGAUUGUGUAAUCGAAAGCGGGUGUGGAGUAUACUCACCCGUGAGAAAAGAAAAUGGGUUUUUCAGAGAUCGAACCAGUUUUUCACCGGAAAAUUUCCUCAGUUUCUGUAACAAUUGCAAGAAGAAUCUUGAACAGGGAAAAGAUAUUUACAUGUACAGAGGUGAAAAGGCAUUUUGCAGCGAUGAAUGUCGAUACCAAGAGAUGAUGUUAGAGGAAGAAGAAGAAGAGGUUUGAAUUGAAGAAAAUCCAUGGAAAAUAAUGGCAAUAUGAUAAUCAUUAAUGAUUAAAACAAAAUUGGGAUUUGAUUUUCUUGGAUUUUCCAGGAAAAUGAUUCCCAUGUGUUUGUGCUCUGUUUUCUUUAUCUUCUUCUUCUUUUCUUUUGUUACCAAGUACAGUGACCCAAAAGCUCGACGAUGUACAAUUGGAAUUUUGUUGUAUGUUUAAUUAGAGAAUUUAAUUUCCCAAUACGUAUACACCUUUUUCUUUUCUUUUCUUUUCUUAUGUCAAUGAUUGUGUCUAAAGUCGUCACUAUGAAAGAGAGCCUCAUAAGUGUAGAAAAUAUCAUUUUUUUCGAUAAAUGUAAAAACUUGAAUGUUAGUUAAAA